CUAGCGGCAUGUAAGACACUAGCACGAUUCUUCGCGCUUGGUUUUAAAUAAAUUGCACAGCUGGUACGGCCCGCCAGACACUCAAAAGCCUGCGGCAGGCAGCUCUUGCAGUCCUGCGACCACACACCAACGCACACUUCCCAAGUCGCCGCCGUUGGCGGGCAAACAUUGCGCCAAGUCACAGCGGCCGCCACGCAGCGCGAGCGGCGCGUAAAGCAGCCAUGGCCGGCUACGACGCCGUCCCCACGACCCAAGAACCAAAAGCACCGAAGCAGUCGACCCUACUAGCAUGUAUCUACGGCUUGGUAGCGUCGCUCAUGUGCGCGCCGGUGAUGAUGUCCUUCGCGUCGAUCAUCUUCGCGGACCCGUUCUUUUCCGAAUACUCUCCAGAGUUAGUAAAAUUGGUCCUCUUCUCGUCGGCCGUCCAUCAACUGUGCUACGUGAGGUGGAGCACGAUGCCGUUCGCCGUCGGGCAGGUCCAGGACGCCGGCCUCAUAUUUCUUUCAAGUAUGGCGCGGUUUGUCGUUGCUGAUGGGUUGCAGCACGAUGACCAUGCGGCGACGACGAUGGCGGCGGCGCUGUGGACCCUUGGACUAGCGACGGCGUUACUUGGUGUCAUGCUCAUUGUCAUCGGAAGACUAAGGCUGGCUUCGUUAGCCCAGUACCUGCCGGUGCCCGUCGUCGGAGGGUAUCUAGCAUAUAUAGGCUUCUACUGCGGCCAGGCCGGGUUGGCUAUGAUGAGUGGCGUCGAAGUCACUUCUCUCAAGGACUGGCCGAGGCUCUUCCGCGGGAGCGGCCCGGCGAAGAUGUGCGUCGGCGUCGUCGUGGCUUCUGCUAUUGUAUUGACGUCAUCAAUAGCCGAGAAGAGAAAGUGGUCCCGCGCGUCCAAAUCACUGAUCAUGCCUUUUGUUCUAUUAGCUACUUGCGUGAUAUUCUACGUCCUCCUAUAUGCGGAAGGGUCGACGCUCGCCGAAUCGCGUGAACAUGGCUGGGUCGGCGCCCUGCCCGCUCGGAGUGAGAAAGGAGGCAGUGGAUGGAGGAACGUUCCCAUCCUAAAGCCGUGGGCGCUCUACGCUCCUAGAAACACAAAUGAGGUCCUGCGAGCCGUCGGACGCGUCGCUCCUCGAUUAAUACCGUCGUGGCUCGCCAUGGUCUGCGUCGUGGCCUUUUCUUCCUCGUUGGACGUCGCCGCGGUGGAGAUGGAGCUCGGCUCGCCGCUGAACUACGAUUCGGAACUGCAGACGGCUGCGUGGAAAUCAAAGUUUUACGGCGCGUUCGCGACGCCUGCUCGAUGGCGUGGCGAUGCCGGUUCCUCGCCGCUCGACGGAGCCAGCACGGGUGCACCCGACUCACUGGUUGAUUUCCACACAGGCAGACGGUUGGCCUCGGGAACCUGGCUUCUGGCUUGUUAGGAGGCUUCUCUGGUAGCUAUAUAUUCUCGCAAACAAUAUUAAAUGUGAGGUCCAAGGUAGCAAACCGCUGGAGCGGUGCCGUGGUGUGUCUCAUGGAAGUGUUACUCGUAUUAUUUCCGGCGCCUCCCACUGCAUAUAUACCUACGGGUGCGUUCGGUGGGCUACUGUUACUGGUCGGUGCUUCAUUAAUAAUAGAGUGGUUGAUAGAAGCGAGGCAUCGGUUCUCGGCACCGGAGUACCUGGUAUUACUUUUUACGUUCGCCUCCAUACACGUCAUCGGCCUCGAGGCGGGCUUUGCCGCCGGUUUAGCUUUCAGUGCGUUGGCCUUUGCGUGCCAAUAUGCUCGGGUCCAUGAUGAAGUGGGAGGCGUCGCUUGCAGGCGGUCGAAGAAGGCCCGCUCCGUGAGACGGAGAUCUUUUGAGGAACGACGAGCGUUGCACGACCACCGCGAAUCGAUAGUGGCGUUAGAUGUGGUCGGCUUCGUCUUCUUCGGGGCCGCGGCGCAACUGCUCGCAAAGCUGAAAGACGAAGCGAAGGGAGCCGCUUGGGUGGUAUUAAAUUUCGAGGAGUGCGUGGGCUUGGACGCGACGGCGGCGCGGUCGUGCUUCGCGCCCUUCAAGCAGUACCUCGUCCAAGAGAAGUGUUCCUUGUUGGUUGCUGGUCUGCGGCCGCACGUGUCCGAACAGCUCCAAUGGGAUUCGUUUGUAACCACAGAUCAAGCAUUGGAAAGUGCCGAGGAUUCACUACUAGCAAGAUUUAAAGUGGUGAAGGGCUCGUUCUCCGAGUUGUCACAGGAAGACGGCUUUGAUGCUAUCCUAAGACCCUACGUCGACGGCAUGCAGGUCGACGCCAAAGCUCUAACAAAAUAUGUGGAAGCUACGUCCAUCAAAGCGGGCGAGCACUUGUUUAGACAAGGAGACGCCGCGGACCGCGUCUACUUCGUGCGGGCCGGAACUGUGGAUCUCCGGUUGGAUCAAAGACGCAUCGCGCGCGUCGCGCGCGGCGCGGUUUUAGGCGAAUUGUGCUUCCUGCUGAAGAGGAGGCAAUCGUUGGACGCGACGGCCCACACGCACUGCGCGCUGUGGUGCCUGUCGCGCGAUCGUUUAUCAGCGAUGAAGCGGGAACGGCCCGACCUGUUCAACGUGCUCCAGACGGCACUCCUAAAAUCCAUGGCGCUGCAGGUCGAGGAGAGCCUCGGGAGCGGUAUUUGGUCCGCGUCUAGCUAGUUGUUGUACAUAUAAGUAUCUGUUCAUAGUA